AUGAAGAAAGAGGAGGAAGAGGAGGACGGAGCAGAGUCUGUAAUAUCCAGCUGUCUGUCUAUGAAGAGUGACAAGUCUAAAGGUUAUCCUCCAGCCUUCAGUGAUGAACCUGGACCAUCAGACACAAAGGAGGGGGGGCUGCGAUUGAGAGCAGAGUCUGUAAUAUCCAGCUGUCUGUCUAUGAAGAGUGACCGGUCUAUAGAUCUUCCUCUAUACUUCAGUAAUGAACCUGGACCCUCAGACACAAAGAAGAGGAAGAGGACGAUGAGGGUUCUUUCUGUAGAGGAGCAGCUGUCCUGCUGUUCUUUGUGUCAGGACGUCCUGAAGGAUCCAGUCUCUACCAGCUGUGGGCACUUGUUCUGCAGACAGUGCAUCAUCUCAUACUGGGACCAGUCUGCUUCACCAGGAGACUCCUCCUGUCCCCAGUGUGGAAAGAGAUCCAGAACCAGAGCUGGACUGCAGACAGACAGUCAGACCAGCACUGUACAAACAGAAAGUGGUCUGCAGGAGGUUUUAGAUGAACAUCAGAUCAGUCUGAGCAGCACAUGUGAAUGUGUGACUCAAGGAACUGAUGAAGCAGGAAGUGAAAUCCUCCUCAUCAGCAUCUUCACUGAGGUCCACAUCACAGAGGGACAGAGUGAAGAAGUUAAUACCCAACAUGAGGUGAUGCAGCUUGAAAGAGCUUCCAAGAUGAAGACCCUCCAUGACGCUCCAAUCAAGUGUCAGGACAUCUUUAAAGUCUUACCGGACCAACAGGAAACUGAAGAGGUUAAUACCCAACAUGAGGUAGUCAGAGUGGUUCUGAUGAACGGCGUCGCUGGCGUUGGAAAAACCUUCUCAGUGCUGAAGUUCACUCUGGACUGGGCACAGCGCUCCAACAACCAAGAUAUCAGUCUGCUGAUUCUGUUCUCGUUCAGGUCGCUGAACUUGAUCAAAGGUGAGCAGUACAGUCUGCUCAUGCUGAUCCAUGUUUUCUAUCCAACAUUACAGAAGCUCACAGCAGAGAAGCUCGCUGUCUGUAAAGUUCUGUUCAUCUUUGACGGCCUGGAUGAAAGCAGACUUUCACUGGAUUUCAACAACAGUGAGGUCGUGUCUGAUGUCACACAGAAGUCAUCAGUCAGUGUGCUGUUGACAAACCUCAUCAAGGGGAAGCUGCUUCCCUCGGCUCUCGUCUGGAUAACUUCCCGACCUGCAGCAGCCAAUCAGAUCCCUCCUUCAUGUGUUGACAGAGUAACAGAAGUACGAGGCUUCACUGACGCCCAGAAGGAGGAGUACUUCAGGAAGAGAUUCAGUGAUGAAGAGCAGUCCAGCACAAUCAUCUCACACAUCAAGACAUCCAGGAGCCUCCACAUCAUGUGUCACAUCCCAGUCUUCUGCUGGAUCACUGCUACAGUUCUGGACCACAUGUUGACUGCAGACCAGAGAGGAGAGCUGCCCAAGACCCUGACUGACAUGUACUCACACUUCCUGCUGGUUCAGACAAAGAGGAAGAAGAACAAGUAUGAUGAGGGACAUAAGACGAGUCCACAGGAGCUGACGGAGGCUGACAGGAACCUUCUUCUGAAGCUGGGGAGGCUGGCGUUUGAACAACUGCAGAAAGGAAACAUCAUGUUCUACCAAAAAGACCUGGUGCAGUGUGGUCUUGAUGUCACAGAGGCUGCAGUGUUAUCAGGAGUUUGUACAGAGAUCUUCAAAAAAGAGAGUGUGAUCUUCCAGAAAACAGUCUACAGCUUUGUUCAUCUGAGCGUUCAGGAGUUUCUGGCUGCAGUCUACAUGUACCACUGUUACACCAGCAGGAAGACAAAGGUACUGAAGAACUUCCUGGGAGAAGACUACAGUUACCUAUCUCUGGAUGAGUUCCUGAAGGGAGCCAUGCAGAAAUCUCUCAAAAGUGAAAAUGGCCACCUGGACCCGUUUGUCCGCUUCCUUCAUGGCCUCUCUCUGAAGUCCAAUCAGAGUCUCUUAGGAGGCCUGCUGGGUCAGACAGACAACAGUCCAAAAAUCAUCCAGAGAGUCAUCAACAACCUGAAGGAGAUGAACAGUGAUGAUAUCUCUCCUGACAGAAGCAUCAAUAUCUUCCACUGUCUGACGGAGAUGAACGACCGCUCAGUAUGUCAGGAGAUCCAAGAGUUCCUGAAGUCAGAGAACAGAUCAGAGAAGAAACUCUCUGAGAUCCACUGCUCAGCUCUGGCCUACAUACUGCAGAUGUCAGAGGAGGUUCUGGAUGAGUUGGACCUGAAGAACUACAACACAUCAGAGGAGGGAAAACAGAGACUGAUCCCAGCUGUGAGGAACUGCAGAAAGGCUCAACUUGUUAGCUGUGGACUCUCAGAGAUUCACUGUGAAGUUGUGGCCUCAGCUCUGAAGUCCAACCCCUCCCAUCUCACACACCUGGACCUGAGUGAAAACAACCUGCAGGAUUCAGCAGUGAAGAGUCUGUCUGCUGGACUGGAGAGUCCAAACUGUAGACUAGAGACUCUAAUAUUGAAGUGUUGCAGUUUGUCAGAGGUCAGCUGUGCUUCUCUGGUCUCAACUCUGAAGAGCAACUCCUCCCAUCUCAGAAAGCUGGAUCUGGGAGGAAACAACCUGAAGGAUUCAGGAGUGAAGCGUCUGUCUGCUGGACUGGAGAGUCCAAACUGUAGACUGGAGACUCUGAGAUUGCAAAACUGCGGUGUGUCUGAGAUCAGCUGUGAUUAUCUGGCCUCAGCUCUGAAGAACAACCCCUCCCAUCUCAGAGAGCUGGAUCUGAGUAAAAACAACCUGAAGGAUUCAGGAGUGAAGCGUCUUUCUGCUGGACUGGAGAGUCCAAACUGUAGACUGGAGACUCUGAGAUUGCAAAACUGUGGUUUGUCAGAGAUCAGCUGUGCUUCUCUGGCCUCAGCUCUGAAGAACAACCCCUCCCAUCUCAGAGAGCUGGAUCUGACUAAAAACAACCUGAAGGAUUCAGGAGUGAAGCGUCUGUCUGCUGGACUGGAGAGUCCAAACUGUAGACUGGAGACUCUGAGAUUGCAAAACUGCGGUUUGUCUGAGAUCAGCUGUGAUUAUCUGGCCUCAGCUCUGAAGAACAACCCCUCCCAUCUCAGAGAGCUGGAUCUGACUAAAAACAACCUGAAGGAAUCAGACGUGAAGCAGCUGUCUGAUCUUAAGAAGAGUCCAGACUGCAGACUGGAGAUUCUGAGAUGGUGGCCAUCAGACAGUGAGUGAACAUCCAGGAGUGUUGAGAGAGGAUCAGCUGGAUCCUGAUGAUCCAUCUGGAGUCUGGAUCUGGAUUUUGUCGUCUUCACUUAAGUCUCUUAACUGACUCCAAACUGAACAGUUAUCUCUGGAUUUAGCUGAAGUCAGCACUUAACAGAUGAGUUGUACAUGAGCAGUUUGAUGCAGAUCAAGAUAAAAACAGGUGCUAUAAGUCAGACUGUGAG